UCCUGCUCUCAGAAGUGAUUAAGGAGCCAGGCUCCAAAGAAGAUUAAAGGAGCAGUCUGUGGGAUACACUGGGAAGCGGUUCAGAACUCUACUCUGAGUUCAACCACCCCACUCGCUAAAACUCAGCAGCCAUGGACCUUGAGCCAGGGAGCAGUGAGGAUGAGCAUCCAGAAAGUCCUAGGCUGACCAACCCUCUGUGGAAGGACAGAGAAGAAAUCAACAGAGACGAAGUUCAUCAGGAUGCUCAGACCCAGCUCCCCUCCCUUGUGGUGGAAGCUUCAGAGGUAAGUGAAGAGAGCGGGGAGCUCCAGUGGCCGCACGAGGAGCUGCUGUUGCUCACUGAUGAGAGAGAAGAGGCCCAGGUCUGCUUCCAGGACCAAAGUGAAGAGCCAGGCUGGACAUGGAGCCCACUGGACCCCAGAUCUCCUCUAAGAACCAUUAACCCACAACUCAGCUGGGGGCAGGAACAGGUAGAGCAAGAUGCCUGUUGGGUUCCUGAGGACGCAGAGUGUCAGGAAGCACCCAAUGCCUGUCCGCUCUGGGAUCCUACAGGCUUCCAUGUCGGCAGAAGCCAGUAUGUGGAAUACCCCCAUCUCCUGCCUCCCAGGAGCUUUGAGGCACUCAUUCUGGGCCUGGGCCUGCUCGAUGUUUCAGCUAUCGCUGUAUGCAAUCCAUAA